AUGCCACCGUGGGUGAAAGUUCCCGAAGACCUGGAAGAGCCAGAGGUAUUCCAGAUCCAGACGCGGCUGCUGGAUGCCAUGUUUCUCUCAUCUUCUCCCACUGGCCCAGAUGGAUCUCGAACCCCUUACAGGGAGCAGGUGAGCAAUGCCAUACUGCAGCUGAGGGCUCUGGAAUCUUCAGAUCUCACCGAGGUCGUGGUUUACGGCUACUGCUGGUACGAACUCCGGACAAAGUGAGCGCUCUAGUGGCACCACCAGUGGCAGAAGC